CAACAUUUUGCUGCCAUGAGGAUUACGAUGACAUUCCAAAAAUGUCUGCAUCUCUUGUGUUUUCUGAGUACUGCUGUAUUUUACUCUGUAUCAGCUGGAGGUGCUUACUGUGCUAAAACAGCAAGAGCUCGUGCCGCUGCCUUGGGUUUGGAGUAUCCUGGAAUCUAUGGAGCCCCUGAUCUCUCUUCACCAGCUGCCGGUUUGAUGCAUUCUAAAACCUUCAGCUUUGAUAACCCGGCUGCAGCUGAACCUAACACGAACUCUUACAGGGAUAUUCAGGUGGUGGGAACCCCUUUUGAUCCCACACUGUAUAGACAAGUUCUCCCCAGGGCCUCCGGUGGGUUCCAGUUAAGCCAUGACCCAUACCUACAAGCAUCAAGGAGACAUCUGGCUGACCAAAUGCCCCACUUUUCUCAAGGUCAGUUCUUCGGAGAGCCAGAAUCCAGUAUGGAAGCGGUUGGACAUAUUGCUCCACCAACACUUGCUGAAGCCCCCAGCCGUCCCUACCUAGCGACCUGGCACCCUCAAGGUCACAGAGGGCUGCUUCUGUCUGUCCACAAUGAACGGAACCCACCUGGAGAGAAGUAUGCACCCCAAAAACGUGGCCUGCCUUAUGCUGGGCUUUCUUCCCUUCUGAGCAGAAUUCAUGCUUCAUACCAUGGUGGCAUUAAUCCUGAGAGAGCGGUCCCAAUUCCACGCUCUGCUCGUCUCUCGCACAGAAAGCGGAAAUGGCCUGGUUUUUGGAAGGGGGUCAGAAAUGCUGGUCGCCUUGCUCGCAACCCGCAUCAAGUACUUUCUAAAGCUUUGGUUCAAAGCUUGAAAAAAGCAAAGAUGCCUUCGAAAUGA